AAAUACAAGAUGGCUCCUCAUAUAAAGCCAGGCAUCUGGCUUCUCUGCGGCCGCGAUAAAAUAUACCGAUUAUUUCGGUUUCAGCGGCUCGUCGGAUGCCGCUGUAGCCCGGAAGGGUGACGGUGGCUCCGGUCUAGUAGUAAAGGCUUCAAGACGACGUGUAACUCUCGGGCUGCUAAAGAAGCGGCCAUGCAUUAGCUGCACCCGGUGUCUUGGAGACUGAGGCGGGUCGUGAGAAGGAAUCUAGGCCCAGGCUUCCAAUCGGCCUUCGGUUCUCGGCUAAGCCAUUCACCUUGUGACGGAGGUUUUGUGUAUCUGGCGCUUUGUGUGACAGGGAGAAGCUUUGUGAGAUUACCAUGGCCGUGUCCAGGUUGGACCGGCUGUUCAUUUUGCUCGACACUGGAACAACCCCUGUGACAAGGAAAGCAGCGGCCCAGCAGCUUGGAGAAGUUGUCAAACUCCAUCCCCAUGAACUCAACAAUUUAUUAUCUAAAGUUUUAGUUUACCUGAGGAGUCCAAAUUGGGAUACGCGCAUUGCUGCAGGGCAAGCCGUGGAAGCAAUUGUGAAAAAUAUUCCUGAGUGGAAUCCAGCCACAAGGUUAAAGAAAGAACCGGGUGUGGAAUGUUCGAAUGAGGAAUCUUCUCCUUUUGAUCGCCUUAGUUUUGAUCGGUUUGAUAUUUCCAGGUUAUUAAAACAUGGGGCUUCUCUUCUGGGCUCAGCUGGUGCUGAGUUUGAAGUCCAAGAUGACAAAACAGGGGAGGUUGAUCCUAAAGAAAGGAUAGCUCGACAAAGAAAGCUGUUACAGAGAAAACUUGGCCUUGAUAUGGGAGCUGCAAUAGGCAUGAGUACUGAAGAACUUUUUAAUGACGAAGACUUGGAUUAUAUGCCAACUACUGCACUUCUAAGUAAACCUGCAGCAGAGUUCAUAGAUUCAGAAUUUCUUCCGGGAAUGAGUAACCGGCAAAAAAAUAAGGCUAAACGAAUGGCAAAAUUGAUUGCAAAGCAAAGAUCUAGAGAUACCAUUGAGACCAACGAAAAAAGCAGUGACAGUACAGAUGGGGAGCCAGAAGAAAAACGGCGAAAAGUAACAAAUGUCGUAAUCAACCAGCCAGCAACCGACUCCAAAGUGUUGAUUGAUAACGUACCUGACAAUUCUUCACCUUAUGAUGAGAUAAAUGAGUGGCCCCUUGAAAGUUUUUGUGAAGAACUUUGUAAUGAUCUAUUUAAUCCUUCUUGGGAGGUACGCCAUGGUGCUGGCACAGGUGUCAGGGAAAUCCUCAAAGCUCAUGGCAGAAGCGGAGGUAAAAUUUCAGAUUGCACACUUGAAGAGAUGGAGCAGCAACAUCAGGAUUGGCUUGAGGACUUAGCUAUUCGUCUCCUGUGUGUCUUUGCAUUAGACCGAUUUGGGGAUUUUGUCUCGGAUGAAGUUGUUGCCCCUGUGCGGGAAACUUGUGCUCAGACACUGGGCGUUGUUCUUAAACACAUGAAUGAAAAUGGUGUGCACAACACUGUUAAGAUUCUGCUGAAGCUACUAAAUCAGGAGCAAUGGGAAGUGAGACACGGAGGAUUGCUAGGAAUUAAGUAUGCUUUAGCUAUUCGGCAGGAUUUAAUUAAUACUUUAUUACCUAAAGCGCUGCCAGCAAUAGUUGAAGGUCUGCAGGACCUUGAUGAUGAUGUACGUGCUGUUGCUGCUGCAUCCCUAGUGCCUGUCGUGGACAGCCUUGUCAAACUGCAGUUUAAGCAGGUACCAUUCAUAAUAAGCACACUGUGGGAUGCUCUGCUGGAGUUGGAUGAUCUGACAGCAUCUACCAAUAGCAUCAUGACUCUACUCUCCUCACUUUUAAUGUAUCCUCAGGUUCAGCAAUGCAAUGUUCAGCAGUCACUUACAGUCUUGGUUCCAAGAGUAUGGCCUUUUUUACGCCACACAAUAUCUUCUGUUCGAAAGGCAGCAUUGGAAACGUUAUGCACUUUAUUAUCAACGCAGGAUCAGAACUGUUCCGGCUGGCUGACACCCAUCUUACAAGAUAUGAUGCGGCAUAUAUUUCAAAUCUGUAUUUUGGAAAGCAAUCAAGAAAUCAUUGACCUCAUCCUCAAGGUAUGGCAGGAAUUGCUAAACAAGGCCUCUGUACAGUAUGUGGUUGCAGCUGCUUGUCCCUGGAUGGGAGCCUGGUUGUGUUUAAUGAUGCAGCCUUCCCAUAUACCUAUUGAUUUAAACAUGCUGCUGGAGGUGAAAGCAAAAUCAAAGGAAAAGGGAGGUGGGAAACUGCGUCAGUGUCAAAGUCAGACAAAGGAGAUUACCCAGGAAUAUAUUGCUGGAUCUGACAGUGUGAAUGAGGAUUCAUCUACAAGGGACUACGUCGUUAUAAGAGCCCGUGUUGCAGCUGCAAAGUUACUGGGUUCAUUAUGUUGCUGCAUUUGUGAUCCAAGUAUAAACAAUGCCUCCCAAGAAAUAAAACCUGCGGAAUCAUUGGCACAGCUUCUGCUUUUCCAUUUGAACUCCAAGUCUGCCCUGCAGCGGAUCAGUGUUGCCCUAGUUAUAAGUGAGUGGGCUGCAAUACAAAAGGAAUGCCGGACUGUGGCCCUUGCUGUUCAGCCUCGGCUGCUUGCUGUCCUUUCUGAGCACCUCUAUUAUGAUGAAAUAGCGAUUCCUUUUACCCGGAUGCAAAAUGAGUGUAAACAGCUCAUUUCCACACUGGCUGAGUCGCAAAUUGACAUCAGAAAUAAAGUGAACUGCAGUGUGUUCACGAUAGACCAAGCCAAUGAUCUGGUCACCACAGUCUUCAGUGAAGCUACAUCGGGCAUUUUGGUUAAUUCCAAGCAAUUUCAGCAGCUAGAUGCCAAACGACAGCAGGUUCAAAUGACUGUCAUGGAAACUAGUCAGGAAUGGCAAGUCCUGCAACAGAGAGUCCACACGUUUGGUGCCUGCGCUAUUGUGAACCUCCAGCAGCUUCCCGACAAACUAAAUCCCGUCAUCAAACCUCUCAUGGAGGCUGUGAAAAGGGAGGAGAACACAGUCGUUCAGAACUGUGCAGCCACGUGCAUAGCAAAGCUCCUCCAGCAAUGCACAUCAAGGACGCCUUGCCCCAACCCCAAAAUCAUUAAGAAUCUCUGCUCUUCCUUGUGCAUUGACCCAAACAUCACCCCCACUGUAGUGUGCCCAGCCCCUGCCUUGAACAACGUGGAGAAUUCCAAAGGACCAAGUUCUGAAAAAGAUGGAAUGUAUCACGUAUACACCAGGCACCGAGGAAUUAUUACCUUGUACAGACAUCAGCAGGCUGCUUUUGCAAUCACCAGCAGACGGGGGCCAGCUCCUAAAGCGAGCAAAUCCCACGUGGGAGACCUGCCACCAGGAAGUGGAAGCUGUGGAUCAGUUGCAGAUUCAGAUGAGAGUCAAAAACAGCACCACAUACAGAGAAGAGGAGCUGAAUUUACAUUAUCUACGAUUGCUAAACAUUUUGCCUCAGACUUGGCUUCUGGUUUGCCACAUCUCUGGGAGGCCAUGUUAGGCCCUCUGAGGAACAACAUUAACCCUGACAGUUUUGAUGGAAAGCUCCUACUUGAUAAAGGAGAUGAGGCAGCUCAGGAACUGGUGAACAGUCUUCAAGUUUUUGAUAUCACAGCAGCUUCUAUGAAUCCUGGGCUUUACCCACUGCUGUUACAACACCUGUCCCAUCUCUUCAUGUGCCUGCAACAUCCUUACACUGCAGUGAGACACAUGGCUUCUCGGUGUGUAGGCGUUUUCAGCAAGAUCGCUACAAUGGAAACGAUGAGCAAGUUUAUGGAAAAAGUUCUGCCCUGGCUUGGAGCAAUUAAUGAUAACACCAAACAAGAGGGAGCCAUGGAAGCUCUGGCCUGUAUUAUGGAGCAGCUUGAUGUUGGCAUUGUUCCAUACAUUGUGCUCCUUGUGGUGCCAGUAUUGGGAAGAAUGAGUGACCAAACAGACAGUGUCCGCUUCAUGGCAACUCAGUGCUUUGCAACAUUAAUCAGACUGAUGCCGUUAGAGGCUGGGAUCUCCGAUCCACCCAAUAUGUCCGAGGAGUUAAUCAAAUUAAAAGCCAGAGAACGUAGCUUCUUGGAACAACUCCUAGACGGGAAGAAGUUGGAAAAUUAUACAAUCCCUGUUCCAAUAAAAGCAGAGCUGAGGAAAUACCAGCAGGAUGGUGUGAAUUGGUUGGCAUUCCUUAACAAAUACAAAUUACAUGGAAUUCUCUGUGAUGAUAUGGGUCUGGGCAAGACUCUGCAGUCCAUAUGCAUUCUAGCAGGGGACCACUGCCAGAGGUCUAAAGAAUAUUCCAAAAAAAAGUCUGCAGAUUGCAUGCCUCUUCCGUCGCUUGUUGUGUGUCCACCGACUUUGACUGGUCACUGGGUGGAUGAAGUAGGAAAGUUCUGCUCUAAAGAGUAUCUCAAUCCCUUGCACUAUACCGGACCUCCCACUGAAAGAGUGCGUUUACAGCACCAAGUUAAAAAGCACAAUCUGGUUGUAGCUUCCUACGACGUUGUGAGGAACGACAUAGACUUCUUCAGAAAUAUCAAGUUUAAUUAUUGUAUUCUUGACGAAGGCCAUGUGAUCAAAAAUGGGAAAACAAAGUUAUCUAAAGCUGUAAAGCAACUGGCAGCCAAUUACAGAAUAAUCCUGUCUGGAACACCAAUUCAGAACAAUGUUUUAGAAUUGUGGUCAUUGUUUGACUUCCUUAUGCCUGGAUUUUUGGGAACAGAACGGCAAUUUGCAGCAAGAUAUGGGAAACCUAUUUUAGCAAGUAGAGACGCUCGCAGUUCCUCACGUGAACAGGAAGCUGGCGUUCUUGCUAUGGAAGCUCUGCAUCGCCAGGUUUUGCCAUUUUUAUUGCGCAGAAUGAAAGAAGAUGUAUUGCAAGAUCUCCCACCCAAAAUAAUACAAGAUUAUUACUGCUCUCUGAGUCCAUUGCAGGUGCAGCUCUAUGAAGAUUUUGCAAAAUCUCGUGCCAAGACUGAUGUUGAUGAAUCUGUAUCCACAACUUCAUUGAUAGAGGAGAAUGAAAAGCCAAAGGUGAAGGCUACAGGACAUGUAUUCCAGGCUCUGCAGUAUUUACGCAAACUGUGCAAUCAUCCAGCGCUGGUCCUGACGACUCAGCAUCCAGAGUACAAGAAAAUAUCCGAGCAGCUUGGUGUGCAGAGCUCCUCCCUCCGGGACAUUCAGCAUGCCCCUAAGCUCUCUGCUCUGAAACAGCUGCUACUGGACUGUGGCUUGGGCAACGGGGGCACCGCAGAGAGCGGCACAGAAGCAGUUGUGGCACAGCACAGAAUACUGAUCUUCUGCCAGCUGAAAAGCAUGCUGGAUAUUGUGGAACAUGAUCUUCUCAAACCUCAUUUACCUUCGGUCACGUAUUUACGGCUCGAUGGAACAAUACCGGCAGGGCAAAGGCACUCCAUAGUGUCAAGGUUCAAUAAUGAUCCAUCUAUUGAUGUUCUUCUGCUUACCACACAUGUUGGCGGGCUGGGUCUCAACUUAACUGGGGCUGAUACUGUGGUCUUUGUGGAACAUGACUGGAAUCCAAUGAGGGAUCUUCAAGCUAUGGAUCGAGCCCACCGUAUUGGACAGAAACGUGUGGUCAAUGUGUACAGACUUAUAACAAGAGGAACCCUGGAAGAAAAGAUUAUGGGACUGCAGAAGUUCAAGAUGAGUAUUGCCAACACGGUGAUAAGCCAGGAAAAUGCCAGCUUGCAGAGUAUGGGCACCGACCAGCUCCUGGACUUAUUUACACUCGAUAAGGACGGAAAAAGCGAAAAGGCUGAUGCUGCCAACAGUAGCGGCAAGACCUCCAUGAAGUCCAUUCUGGACAGCCUGGGAGAGCUGUGGAAUCAGGAGCAGUACGACGCGGAAUUCAGCCUCGACAAAUUCAUGCAUUCUCUGAAAUAAAACUCGCACCGCUGCACUCGCUCACUUCCACUUCUGCUGAUAUUCAGCAACGUGAACCUUUUUUUUUUUUAGCUUGUGGCAUCAAGCAGACUCGGCUAGGAAAGUGAGGUGAGAGAGAUUGCCAACGGGAGAAAGUGUCAGGAAUUGGGGGGGGAAGUGUCAGGAAUUGGGGGUAGGGGGGGGGGCGGGUGUAAGUGUAGUCCUACCUGCGGGGUCCCUCCAGUCUGGCAUGUGGUAGGUCUAGCAGCCCUGAACUUAUUCAGUCUUAAAUAUGGAAUCUGAAAUGAUCCUGGUGCAUUAGUUGCAGCUGGAACUAAUAUAUAUAUAUAAAUAAAAUAGCAGGGUUUUAUGCACUGCCAGCUGUAAUUCCGAACCAUUCACAUUACUGGCAUUCUUAGAGGCAAAUUCUUCGAAUGAAAUGUUUUUAUUUGACCUGUAAAAGAUGCAGUUAUCUAUCGAUUGUUUUUCUUUCUCCUCAUACCUUAAAUGUUAUUCAUUGCUACUCGCAGCUUCCAGAGUCUGUGACCAGUCAGUGAUGAGCGGCUCAUGGACUUCAAUAAGUUGCUGCCGUAGCCAAUCAUGUCCGCACAUCACUGGACCAGGGCUCAGACUUCUGUUUGCUGCUUCUAACUGGCAACGAUGACGGAUAGCCAUGAAAGGAGCCCUUUAAUCUGUGCUUAUCCAAUAGAAAUGCUACAGCACAUUUUAAGGGUGACUUGUGUCACUCCCAAUCGCUGGCAGAGAGAAGAGCUCGCCCCUAAAGCUGCAGAAAGCAAAUUCAUAUUUAGCAGUAAAAGAUGUUUUUUAGAUUCUCUGUCCCAAAAACCUUGUAAGUGUUGCUUUACUAGAAUCUGUUUUUUAAUGAAUUAGCUUUUUUUCCCAUGUUCAGUUGUGGAUCGACUCAGCCUCGGUAUAGAACUUCCCAAGCACCUCCUGUCCAGUUUACUAAACACCAAUUUCUUCUGUGAGGGGAGAGAGUUGCCUAUAGAUCUAUGCACGAAUACUAUAUGCGGAACUAUGAGCCCCUCUAGAAGCAGCUCGGUAUAUAGAAGCCGUAUACAUAUUCUUGCACAUCCAGUGUCACUUUGUGUAACAGACACAAGUCCCGCCCCUCUGUAUAUAGUUUUACUGUUUGGUUAUUCGGUUGGUGCAUCCACUGUAGCCUUCCUGGUUUCUCCGAGUGACUUGCGGGGGGGCAAGGAAAGUGGCCGCCCAUGGGUGGGAGUUCCAUAGGAAUCGCUUCAUCUGUAUUACAUGAGAUAUUAGGAAACAACGCUGCAGCUACAACCAUGAAGAAGACGCUCGUUGUCAUAACGUUGCUUUGUGCUGUAAUGAACUACCAUUCCAUUAACAAUGUGGCAAUAAAAAGCCCUAACCUGUUUUUAAAAA